CUCUUGUUGCGGGAGAUCCUGUCCAGCUGCUCGGGCGACAGGGCCGCGGUGCAGGGCCCGGGAGGAGGAGGACUGGACGGGUCCGCGGCUUUCAGCUUCUUCUGCACAAUUUUAGUGUUUUGAGCAAAGCACAGAGCAGCAUCCGGGUCUGAAAAGCCACAGAGAACAGGUUACUGCGAUGGAUAUGUUUGUGAUUCAGAGACAGAAUAAACACUCGUGCACCGGUGACGCCCUGAGAAGAAGUCCGAGGAAGAGGAUAAAACUGCUGGAGGACGGGAGGAUGAUGGAAGAGGAGGAUGAAGAAGAUGCAGCUUCAGCAGAGUUCUCUCAUCCUGUUCCCUGGCACAAAAUCGAGGCAGAGGGACUAGACUGCGAUUAUGCUUUACUCUUCCCCAAACAGGAAGCAGACCAACUGCUCAAACAGUUGGAGGAGGAGAUAGUGUACUCCACAGGGGAAGAAGCAACGGUCCAGCUGUUUGGAAAGCUGUACAAUAUACCAAGAAAGCAGGCGACAUACGGAGACGCAGGUGUAACCUACACUUAUUCCGGGGUGAAACGUUCAGCCUGCCCCUGGACUCCCACCUUGAACUUCAUUCGGGAUGCUGUCACAGAAACAACAGGACAGACAUUCAACUUUGUCUUGGUCAACAGGUACAAAGACGGCCAGGAUCACAUGGGUGAGCAUCGGGAUGACGAGAAGGAGCUGGACCCCCUAUGUCCCAUUGCCUCCGUCUCUCUGGGAGCAGCACGAGACUUUGUCUUCAGGCACAGAGACACUCGGGGAAAACAGAGCCUCCGGCAGAUUGAACCCGUGAAGCUCGAGCUCGCUCACGGAAGCCUGCUCCUUAUGAACCCACCAACCAACACUCUUUGGUACCACGGCCUUCCUGUUCGCAAGAAGGUGCUUCUGCCUCGCAUCAACCUCACCUUCAGACGCAUCGUACUGGACAGCAAGAAAUGAGAGGGAGCCAAGUCCGAGUGUGGAUUAUGGGGGAAAAGCUUAGCCAGAGCACAUUGACAAAUUUCACAACUCUAAAAUGUGUUUCUUAAUGUUGUAGCUGAAGCUGAGCGACUAUUGUGCAGCACGAGGCAAAGGAGGGGGCUGUCGGCUGGGACUUUUUCAGUCACUCUUCAGUAACGUUUUGUAAAGCAGCUGCCAAGAUUCCCAAAUACAUUAACAAUAAAAUCAACAAUCAUAAGCGAUUCUGUUCUUGAGAAACAGGACAGGUUUCACAUCGACUGCAGAGCAUGUAGGCUUCACUUCAGAGUGCACUGUACAUGUACUGUGUGCAGUGAACUAAUGGUGCCCUGGUUGCAGAUUAGGCCUUUAACUUGUGAUGUAUACUAUUCCAAAUAUUGGUUGAAAUGUAAAUUUAUAUCGGUCACACUUGGGUUAAAGCCAGGUGGAAGAGUAAACUAAUGGUGCACCUUCAAAGAUUUCAACUUUGAAGUCCAAGUCCCAUGAGCAUCAUAAUUCACUCUUGACCUUGGAAAUGUUCGUUUUACAUAAAUAACGAUUUUACAUAAACUCCAA